AUACUCUGCGCUUACUAGCUAUCUCUCUCCGCAACCCUCACUCUCUCUCCCCUAUAUUUUCUCUUUCUAAACCCUUAUAGACGCCAUUUUAUUGGCGUUGAGCACCAUCCAGGGUUUAGAUAGCUGUUCAACGUCAAUCUCUAUUCUCGAAUUUCGAGUUUCGAGUUCAAUUAUCUGCCUUUUUAGUUGAUAUACUUUGUUUGAUAUCCCAAAAAUGGAUCUCCCUAGCCUAGCUGUUAUCCUCCAAGCUGCUCUAAGUCCCAAUCCUGAUGAACGCAAAGCUGCUGAGCAAAGCCUCAAUCAGUUCCAGUACACGCCUCAGCAUCUGGUGAGGUUGUUGCAGAUCAUCGUCGAUAAUAAUUGUGAUAUUGCUGUGCGGCAAGUUGCUAGUAUUCAUUUCAAGAACUUUAUUGCGAAGAACUGGGAACCUCAUGAUCCUGAUGAGCAAUCAAAGAUAUCACAGAGUGAUAAAGGCAUGGUGAGGGAUCACAUCCUUGUGUUUGUUGUGCAGGUUCCUCCUUUGUUGAGGGUACAGUUGGGCGAAUGCCUGAAGACAAUUAUCCAUGCUGAUUAUCCAGAGCAGUGGCCACGUCUCUUGGAUUGGAUCAAACUUAAUUUACAAGAUCAGCAAGUUUAUGGAGCUUUGUUUGUGUUGCGCAUUCUUUCUAGAAAAUACGAGUUCAAGUCAGAUGAGGAGAGGACCCCUGUUCAACGCAUUGUUGAGGAGACAUUCCCGCAUCUUCUCAAUAUUUUCAACAGGCUUGUCCAGAUUGCAAACCCAUCAUUGGAAGUAGCAGAUUUGAUCAAACUUAUUUGUAAAAUAUUCUGGUCAUCUAUAUACUUGGAGAUUCCAAAGCAGCUAUUUGAUCCAAAUGUCUUCAAUGCUUGGAUGAUUCUUUUCUUAAAUAUUUUGGAGAGACCUGUUCCUGUAGAGGGUCAGCCUGUAGAUCCUGAGCUAAGGAAGUCAUGGGGCUGGUGGAAGGUGAAGAAGUGGACAGUUCACAUCUUGAACAGGCUGUACACGCGGUUUGGAGAUUUGAAACUUCAAAACCAGGAAAACAGAGCUUUUGCCCAAAUGUUGCAGAAGAAUUAUGCGGGAAAGAUUUUGGAGUGCCACUUGAAUCUGCUGAAUGUGGUACGUGUUGGUGGUUAUUUGCCUGACAGAGUUACCAACCUAAUUCUUCAGUAUCUAAGCAAUAGUAUCUCAAAGAAUAGCAUGUACACUCUCCUGCAACCUCGUCUUGAUGUCCUUCUUUUCGAAAUAGUUUUUCCUCUUAUGUGCUUCAGUGACAAUGAUCAAAAGCUUUGGGAUGAAGACCCCCAUGAAUAUGUUAGGAAGGGUUAUGAUAUUAUCGAGGAUUUGUACAGUCCUAGGACUGCUUCUAUGGACUUCGUCAGUGAAUUGGUUAGAAAACGUGGGAAGGAGAACCUUCAGAAGUUUCUUCAAUUCAUCGUGGAAAUUUUUAAGAGGUAUGAUGAAGUACCAUUGGAAUAUAAGCCCUAUCGACAAAAAGAUGGUGCCCUACUUGCUAUUGGUGCACUUUGUGAUAAACUGAAACAAACUGAACCCUACAAAUCUGAACUGGAACGUAUGUUAGUUCAACAUGUUUUCCCUGAGUUUAGCAGUCCUGUUGGUCAUCUUAGAGCAAAGGCAGCUUGGGUUGCGGGACAAUAUGCCAACAUUAACUUCUCAGACCAGAACAAUUUCCGUAAAGCCUUGCACAGUGUUGUUUCUGGGUUACGUGAUCCAGAGCUUCCUGUUCGUGUUGAUUCAGUUUUUGCAUUGCGAAGCUUCGUUGAAGCGUGUAAGGACUUAAAUGAAAUACGCCCCAUUCUUCCUCAACUACUUGAUGAGUUCUUUAAACUAAUGAAUGAGGUAGAAAAUGAAGACCUCGUUUUUACUCUGGAAACUAUAGUGGACAAAUUUGGAGAGGAGAUGGCACCCUAUGCUCUAGGUUUAUGCCAGAAUUUGGCAGCUGCAUUUUGGAGGUGUAUGAACACUGCUGAAGCUGACGAUGAAGCUGACGAUCCUGGUGCUUUGGCAGCUGUUGGUUGUUUACGAGCUAUAAGCACAAUUCUAGAAUCAAUUAGCAGGCUUCCUCACCUUUUCAUCCAGAUUGAGCCAACUUUACUUCCUAUAAUGCGCAGAAUGUUAACAACUGAUGGUCAAGAGGUUUUCGAAGAAGUUCUGGAGAUUGUUUCAUACAUGACCUUUUUCUCGCCAACAAUAUCUCUGGAUAUGUGGAGCCUUUGGCCGUUAAUGAUGGAAGCACUGUCAGAUUGGGCUAUUGAUUUCUUUCCGAAUAUUCUGGUUCCUUUGGACAACUACAUAUCAAGAGGAACUGAACAUUUCCUUGCAUGCAAAGAUCCAGAUUACCAACAGAGCCUUUGGACUAUGAUUUCAUCCAUCAUGGCAGAUAGAAAUUUGGAGGACAAUGAUAUUGAGCCGGCACCAAAGCUGAUUGAGGUGGUUUUCCAGAACUGUAAAGGCCAGGUGGAUCACUGGGUUGAGCCUUAUCUAAGAAUCACUGUUGAGCGGUUGCAAAGAGCAGAGAAAUCAUAUUUGAAAUGCCUUCUCAUUCAAGUGAUUGCAGAUGCCCUUUACUACAAUGCAGCUUUGACGCUAAGCAUAUUGCAAAAACUUGGUGUUGCCACUGAGAUCUUUAACCUUUGGUUCCAGAUGUUGCAACAAGUGAAAAAGAGUGGUGCACGGGCUAAUUUUAAAAGGGAGCAUGACAAAAAAGUUUGUUGCUUGGGUUUGACAUCACUACUUGUGCUUCCUGCGAAUCAAUUACCAGGAGAAGCCUUGGAGCGUGUUUUCAGGACCACUCUUGAUCUCCUGGUUGCAUACAAGGAACAAGUUGCAGAAGCUGCAAAGGAGGAAGAAGUCGAAGAUGAUGAUGAUAUGGAUGGUUUUCAAACUGAUGAUGAAUAUGAUGAUGGGUCUGACAAAGACAUGGGAGUUGAUGCUGAGGAUGGGGAUGAAGCUGACAGCAUUAAACUUCAAAAGCUAGCUGCACAGGCAAAGGCUUUCCGACCACAUGAUGAGGACGAUGAUGACUCAGAUGAUGACUACAGUGACGACGAAGAGUUGCAAUCACCAAUUGAUGAUGUGGAUCCUUUCAUUUUCUUUGUGGACACCAUCAAUGUCAUGCGAGCAUCAGAUCAAUUGAGGUUCCAGAAUCUUACACAGACGCUGGACUUUCAUCACCAAGCAAUUGCAAAUGGUGUUGCCGAUCAUGCUGAAAAAAGAAGAGCAGAGAUCGAAAAGGAAAAAAUGGAAAAGGCAUCGGCUGCUGCUGCAUCAUAAACUUAAGCCUUGUAUACAAUGUGGCUCAAGUUUGUAUUGGUUUCUCGUUAAUCGCAUAUUCGUUCAUCUGGGGGAAUAUUCCAUAAGGAUGAGAGAGUCAUUGCCAGUCUAUUUGAAGCAUUUGGUUGGUUCAAUGGUCAUGUAGAUCAUCAGUCGGCCCUGAACCACUUUCAGGUUCAGAUUAUCAGUGCAUUGCAUGCCUGAGUUCCCAUUUGCCUUGUAUGGUUUCUUGGGGGGGAAGGGGUAUUCUUUGUUCGGUGAGUGUCCAAUUCUAUAUCAGAAUAGGCCCACCUCAUGGUGUUUGUAUUUCCAUUUUCUUUUCUUUUUUUUUUUUAAACUUAUUUUUUAUACUUUGAAAAUUAUUUUUGUGGGGAUCUGGUGCUGUGUUAGUUGCCAUGUCUUGCCUCCUGGUGGAUAUUGGCAUUUGAUCCCUUAGGACAUCCUUUUUUUUGUUUGGAGAUUUUCCGGCGCAUAGUCAAGCAAGUUGAUAUGGAUGGAAAUCGUUAGGGGUGCUGAUGGCUGUAAUGAUAAUUUUUGGUCAAGAGGUAGCAAAUAUUCUUUUUUU